AUGACUAAAAGUGCUUAUAUUAUAUUUAAGCCAGAACUUGCUUUACGAUCUGGUGUCAAAAGUCAGGAAUGUGACAAUGGUGUCUGUAUGAAGAUGUGGUUUAAGGAGAAACAAGGUAAAAGAUUAUGGCGAAGUUGUAUACCGAAUGGUAAAGAACAAAUAAGAUCCGAUUGCACUCGCAUAUCUAGCAGUCAAGGUUAUUUUCUCAAAAAAGUUUUAAUAUUAGUUACUAUUUGGAAUUAUUAUAUCAUUUUGCUUUUCCACUAA